AUGGUUCCCAAAAUAAAAACCUCUACUGUAUCUCUCUAUCGAACGCUCAAGACACUUAAACAGCGUGCGACAAAGAUUUUGUCCUUCGUGAACACCGUUAAAGGAGACGAAGAGGAUGAUGUUCUACUUCUUGAAAUUCGUAAAGAAGGUCUAAAUGAGCUGCGAGAAUCGUAUUUCGAAAUGCAAGGCAAGCUUUUUGGUCUCGUGAAAGAGGAUGAAGUUGCCGCUAUUGAAACGGCAGGAGAAGAGUUCCAAGACCUCUUGAAGGAAAUUAUGUUCGAGAUUAAACGAAACAUUAAUUCCUUGUCGAAUCAAUCGGAGCCAAAAUCCACACUCGAUACAAGCAACGCUCAAAUCACUCCGUGUCAUGGUUCUCAAAUUAAGCUUCCCGAUAUUCAGUUGCCAGGUUUUUCUGGCCAGUAUGAAGAAUGGUUGCAUUUCAGAGAUCAAUUUAACAACCUAAUUCGUCGCAAUGAAUCCUUAAAUGAGCAACAACGGCUGCACUAUCUUCGUUCUUGUUUAUUUGGUGAAGCUGCACUUAUAGAAACCCCGGAAGAAUCCUUUUCAUCCUUGUGGAGGGCGCUGGAAUCACGAUAUGAAAAUCGUCUCUGGUUGGUGGAUCGACAUCUUGCAGAAAUAUUCUUACUAUAA